AUGGAGCGAUUGAUGCGGUACCCAGUCGCCAUCAUAGGCGGAGGCCCCGUGGUUCUUUCAUCCUCCAUCUUAUUAUCCCUUCGUAAUAUUCCCCACGUGCUGUUCGAGCGCCAUCAUGGCACUUCAAUCCAUCCAAAAGCAUGCGGCCUAAACCAACGAACCGGUGAAAUUUUCCGCCAGACGGGAGUGGAGCAAGCGAUUAUUACACAAGGGGCGCCUCCUGACACAUGCUCCAAGACCGCAUGGUUUACAUCUCUUGGACCGACUGGCACCAAAAUUGUCUCUCGCGACGCAUGGGGUGGUGGGAAGUAUGCCGACGAGUAUAUGGCAGCAAGUCCUAGUCGAUAUGUCAUGUUGCCACAGAUACGCCUCGAACCUAUCCUUUCGCGAAGGGCCAAGCAGCUGAACCCAAGUGGUGUGCACUAUGGCGCCGAAGUUACUGACAUCAUUGAAUAUAGGGGAAGUUCUAGACCGAGCGAGAUCAUACAGCCUUCCUAUGUCAUCGCAGCUGAUGGCGGACGACUGGUAACAAACAAGCUUGGAAUCGAAUUGCAUGAAGAGAAAGACAUAGUCGAUAUGGUGACUGCACACAUUCGAGCGCCGAUAGCCUCUCAAUACCCUGAACCAGAAGCCUUCAUAACUUGGUUCAUCAACCCAGAUAUGGGUGGAAAAACAGAAGAGUGGAUGUUUGCCUGUAUCAUCCGCCCUGACGACCCACAGAAAUUCGACAAUAACACAAUGGUCACACGAGUGAAGAAGAGCAUCAACAUCCCGGACUUGCCAGUGGAAGUCUUGAGUGUGAGCCAUUGGUUCGUGAAUGCGAUUUCAGCUGAACGCCGCUAUCGCAGCAUAAAUGGCCGCACUUUCCUUGUCGGUGAUGCCGAGCACCGCAUACCGCCCUGGAGUGCUCUUGGAGUCAACACCAGUAUUCAAGAUGCCAACAAUAUGGUUUGGAAGCUAGCUCUAGUGCUACAGAACAAACUUGGGAAAAGCGACCUUUUAGACACGUAUGAUGAAGAACGUCGCCCAGUUGGAGAAAGAGUAGCGCAGUCAAGCCUUGUGAAUUUGCAGAGUCACAACCUGAUUAUUGAUAAGGCGUUGCGCAUCGGCAAAGAUACUUCCGCCAAAGAUAAUCGGACGGCGAUGCAAGCACUGUUUGACAAAAAUCAUGCUGGUCAUGCUCAGAUGUAUGCGGGUGUGCAGCGUGCACAAACCAUCCUCGAUACCGAAUUCAAGGCGCCUGGAGCAGAGAUAGGAUGGUUUUACCCGACUGCGGACAUCAAUAAUGAGGGCCAGGAUAACUACCACGAUGGCCAGCUGAAUGAAGAUGGGAAGCUGAACACAGCCAAAUACUUCCCUUCUACAAUACCCGGGCACCACUUUCCCCACAUGUGGUUGAGGAAAGCAGGUCACGUUGUGUCGUCCCGUGAUCUUCUGUGUUUGGACAAGUUUGUGCUCUUUACGGCAGAUCUUGCUUGUUGGAGCCGAGUUGAACAUGAGCUAAUUAAGGUAAUCCCUAUUGGUAGUAAGGACCUGGAAGACAUUGAUGGGAAAUGGAGUCAAUUUUCGGGGGUAGGUCGUAGUGGAGCGGUUUUAGUAAGGCAGGACGGUAUUGUCGCCUGGAGAAGCAAAUUAGCUGGAGAGGACAACGUAAAUAAACUAUAUGCAGCUCUUACAAAGAUACUGAGGAUAUAG